AUGUUUAGCCUUAUAAACUUUUUACCAUUAUUUUGCAAUAUAAAUCAACAUCUAAUGGGUUGCUUUAGAUGCUUCAGCCUUUUCAGAUGGGAAAAACUAUGCCUUAUCAACUUUAUUUUCUUUCCGAUUUUUAUUAUAGGAAUUUGUGUGUGAUCUGGGAUUUUCUUCGGUAUUUAUUUGCCAUUGCUUAAAAGAGACUACAAAGAAGGCAUAUGCACAAUAAACGAAGCUGACUUAUUUUCUUUCAAUGAUACCAUUUAUUAUUAUAGCUAUAGCGUAUCUGUAAAUAUAAGCAACAUUCUAUAUCCAGCUUAUGGAUGCAGUACUACUUAUGCAGAGUACUCCAUUUCCAAUGGAUGAGCUGCUGGAUCAUAUCCUUACCAAUAUGCUGAUUGCAGUGCAGACCUUGUUGUAGCUCAUAAUAAACCUUGCUUUCAUGAUCAGCUAUUUCAACCUCUCUGGACUUGUCGUGAUGCAAGUGCUGUAUACUUUAAACUUGCAACUGUUCCUUGUAAAUGAUGACUUGCGAAUGAUGCUGGAUCCGAAACUGAGCCAUCUAAAAUAAAAAAUCUCAAAUACCCUUCCUAUGGAAAAGCUUGAAUAGAAGUGAUUUUCACGGAUAAAGUCUACAUACCCAAAAUUGAUUAUAUGGUUCUUUGAAUUGCUCCUUUCUGAAUGCUAACUUGUGGAUCUUUUGUAACUCUUGCAUGGUAUAAUUGUGGAAUUUAUUUUGUGGGAUAUAGACAUGAAUUUAUAAGAGAUAUUGUUUAUUAUUAUAUGAAAUAUAUAAGACGAAACAAACAUAUUAGAAAAAUUUAUAGGCCUCCACAUAUUGGGGUUGUUGAGAAUGAUAGAGAAGUUUCAACAAAUAUUUUUUUAAUGUCAAUUCUUCAUAGCAAAAAAAUGUCAAAAUUUCCUAAAGUAUUGAUAAGAAAAACGGUUAAAUAUUUUUAA